GAGGGGUGCGGCGGCGGCGCUAUGGGGCGUCACCACCACGCCAGAUCCCUUCCUCGCCGCCAACAGCAGCCGGCGGGCCAGAUCGGGCGCUGACUAAAUCUGGCGCCUAAGCACCCGCACGCCUACGCCGCAGCCACGGCCGGCCAAGCUCCAGGCCACGCCACUCCACCCACCCAGAGAAGGAGAAGCGCGAGACGAAGCAGAGGGCCGCCGGGGAGCGCCGCGACGGCCGCAGCGCCGGAGGCCGAGCCUUCCCCACCUGGAGCGGUCGCCGUCGUGGAACGACGCCGCGCGCGCGAGCGGGAAGCCCCGCCGCCGCCGUCCGCCGCGCGGGCUUCGCCCGGCGGUUUCCUCCGGCGGCGGCGCGGCAGGGGAGCCGGGGAGAGGGGGUGGCGAAGCAGAGUGCCUUCCUGAACAGAAGCUCUCCACCGGUGACUCCCAACUCCCAAAGCAAGCAAAAGAUGCUCAAGAGACUGAUGGUUGAGAAGAGUGGAUAGGCACCUGACAUGUCACUCUCCUCAUAAGCUUGCUGAGCUGAGCUCAACUCUAGAGAGAGGGAGAAGAUGAUCAAAGGGUGCGCGGCAAUGAAGAUGGCGAGCAGUGCGCCCCUGUGUCAGCCUCAUGGUCCUUGUGUUCGUCGGGGAAGGAUGGCAGGCCCGGUCCAGAGCAUCACCAGGGCAGAGAUCGACCAUUUCUGGCGCAGAAAGAAGCUGGAGGAAGAGGAACUCCCGCUCGAUGACGAGAAGGAGGCAGCAAGGAUCAAAGCCAAGAGUCUCAAGCAAGAAGAAUACAUGCUUUUUGAACAAAGGAUAAACGGGAUUAUAGGCGAGAAAACAGAGACAGCCGAGAUGAUGGAGGAGGGAGAGAUCGCCAGGAACAUCGAGAUACAAAUUGGCAUCAAGGAUUGGUGGAGGAAAAGCAGUUAUGCAUAUCUAAAUCAACCAGCAGUAGCAUCCAUUGAUGACAACAGCAGUUGGAAGGAGAACACCGGAUAUAUUCCGCAGAAGAUGCAUUUUAGGUGCUCCCCGCCAGCAGUUUACCAGAUGAACGUGACUGCUUUCGGGAUCUUCUAAAUGCUGAUACCAAGGAUAAUGUGAACCAUAGGGAUGCAUUUUCCUUAUGCGUCUCAAUAUGAGUUUGAGUCAGAUAAUAAGUUUGAUGAAAAGGGUACUUCUUGAGUCAAGCAUGGAACAGCCUUAUCAUUUACGAUACAAGUAGUAUGUUUGGGGAUGCAGUGAAUUUAA